AUGGUGGCGUCAUCUGUAAAACUAGAUCCCAUAUUCGAGGAUGCUCCUUUAUUACCACCAUUGCCUGAGGAUAAGAAUCCCAUCGGGCAUCGGUUUGAGUCUGAACCAACUAGAGCCAACGCACUUGCGGCGGCGAAACGGCUGCUUGACGAUUCGCGUGGACAAUCGUGGGAGCAGUUAGCCAGAAAGUACACGCUAGGUCUAUCAGCGGCGCCUUGUGUUGAGAGAUUAUCCGAAGAAGAACUCGACGAAAGUUUCGACACCAUGCCAGAAUACCAUAACUACCGUUUCAACCGCAGCAGAUCUGUCGAUCUUAGCUCAAUUUCUAGGGAAAAAUACCUGUCAAGAUGGUCCAGAGAAAACACACCGGUGGACAACGAGAAGCGGUACGCAUCUCACGUUCGUCGUAGCUACACUCCAGUCCGUGACAUCGCCUCAGUCGAACAUGUCAACGAUGGGAACCUUCAUCGUUCGAGAACCCCAAUUGCAGCCGUCACAGCUCCGUAUCACACGAAUAUUCACUACCGAUCGGAAAUCGAACCAUUCCGAAAAUACGAUACAUUCGGUUUGAGAACCUGGAGCUACCCAAUCUAUAAAUACGUAUACGGACGCGAGGGUGACUACCGACGACCAUACUCAUUCGAUAGAAAUUACGGGACCACACCAGUCUAUACACCACCACAGCUUGCCGCAGAAUCACGACCGAUCACGACGAGACGGGGAUACUCCGGCUAUUCGUAUCUUGCCAAUGAGACCCACUUUGACAUUGCCAGCCGUCCGAAGAGUUUGAGCUCAUAUAUGUACAAUACAAAGUACCUGGGAACAACAUCCGCCCCAUGGUACUGGUCCUACUACGGCAACAGUCAUCUCCGCCACUUCAACAGCUAUCGUCCACACAACUACACAAGCUCCACUGCCAGCUGGUCCCGCUAUUAUUAA